UUCAUGUUUGAAAAUCUGAAUGUGUGGCUGUUCCCCACAGUACUCUCUGGAUGAGCUGGAGGAGAUGAUGCUGUGUCUGCAGCAGUUUCGCUCUGUGCUCAGCAACAUGGAGGAGCAGCUGUCUGAAGAACAAGCUGCAGUUUACACAUCUCUGUCUGACCAGGACAGGGAGAAGGUUCGGGACAUAAUGGAGCUGAGGCAAAAAGUAAAACAGGAGGCUGGAGAGCUGGAGAUGCAGCUGAAUGAACUGGCCCAUCACUAUGACGACAGCUUGAAAAUGGGAGCACAGGCAGAGAGGAGAGGAACACCAGGAGCCGGUUGCACCAACAGGGCUUUACUAAGCCUGGUCCUAAUUUCUAAAAGAUGCACAGACUGUUGGACGAGCAGUCUCUGCUCUGCUCUCAGCUCAGAGUCUUUCUUCCUGGAACGAGUCCCACCCCCAGCAGGACAGUAGCCACUCAGUGCUGCUUGCUGCCCUGGAGCCCUCCGGCUGAUGUGCAGCAUGGCCAGGCCUCCUCCUGGAGCACCAUGAAUGUACACUCCCAGUCACAGUCACUUCUUGGAUCAGAGAGCAUCUGUGAGGGCCUGGGCUGUUCUCCCACUAAGGCAGACAAGCUGGACAUAGUGGGCUUCCUCCAGAGAGUAAGAACAUCACAUUAAGAUCUGUAAUAUUAACAUAUAUCAUGUAAUCCUGAUGCAGGAGACAGCAACUGAUGCA